UUUUGAAGGAAAUGUAGAAUGGAGUAGAGUGAGAUGCCUUUUUAGGCUCUUCCUAACUGGACCUCCUGCUGCAGAGGCUGUAACAAGCAUCCAGCUACCAAUUAACAUUUUUCAGUUCCAGUCCGGGUAUAAUAUUGUAUCCUGUUUAAACUUUAUUUGGGAUAUAUAUUUCACUGGGAAGGCAAGGAGGGAGUGCUGAGCUUUCUAGUUAGUUGCUGCUGAGACUGAGCCAAACUUUCUCCCUUUUGCUGCUUCCCUGUGCUAUUUAUUGAAUUACUGGGUCUAUCCCUGCUGUGCCCCAUCCAGGCUGUCAAAUGCCUUGAAAUCCAGGUCACUCACUAGCCCUAUCAAAACAAUCCAUCUUUUGUCUCAAUUUCCUAGCAUGAUCCUUCCUCAAAAGUAUGCCAUGCUAAUUACAAAUAUUUGUUUGGGGGAUUUCAGAAUCAGGUAAUCUCUUUGGCCUGGGCCUUAGAUUCCACAUUUGAAUUUGUACCCUGGCUCCUUCUUUGCUCUCUGACAUUUGAGGACCACUGCCCAAGGACCCCGUUAGUUAUCAUUUAGUAUGGAAGAAGAUGACUUCUUUGGAGAAAAAACAUUCCAGCACUUUUGUGCAGAAUUCAUUAAACAUUCACAGCAGAUAAAUGAUGGUUGGGAAUGGAGAACUUCGAAGGACUGUUCUGAAGGCUACAUGUGCAAAACACAAUUUCUAAUUAAACCUGGGACACUGGUAUCACAUCCGGGAACAUCUGCCCAUGUCCAGACAUGUCUUCCCGUGGAGGAGGCUCUAGAACUACCCCCGGAUGAUUUUGAAGUGACUGAGACCACAGCCGGAAGUGAAGUGGUUAAAUACGAGUAUCAUGUCUUAUACUCCUGUAGCUACCAAGUGCCUGUGCUUUACUUUAGGGCAAGCUUUUUAGAUGGAAGACCUUUAGCUCUGAAGGACAUAUGGGAAGGAAUCCAUGAGUGUUACAAGUCACAGCUGCUGCAGGAGCCAUGGGACACCAUUACCCAACAGGAGCACCCAGUGCUUGGACAACCCUUCUUUGUACUUCAUCCCUGUAAGACGAAUGAAUUCAUGACUCCUGUGUUAGAGAAUUCUCGAAAAAUCAAUAGGAGUGUCAACUAUAUCACAUCAUGGCUGAGCGUUGUAGGGCCAGUUGUUGGGCUAAAUCUACCUCUGAGUUAUGCCAGAACCGCCUCUCAGGAUGAAUGAAGUGUCACUUGACAAGGUAAAAAGGAAAGCCUGAGCUGAAUGUUUUGCUAUUAUAAAGAUCCUGUUGUCUCUGUUGCACUUGGGGUCACUACUGGCCCCAUCAAAUAUUAAGUCUUCUUUCAUCUUUAAUAAUUACGGCUGAAUCUGAACUGUUUGUUUAGGUUCCUGACCAACCUGUGCCCAAGCAUUUAGGAAGCAUUGGACUUUGCUAUAAUAACACUCACCCAACUACAGGAGUGGAUGAUUUUAUUUCAGAAUUGUUAUUCUUGAAAUAAGUCUUUACUGUUCAGUUAACCUUCUUUUAUUCUCUUAGCUUUUGUUUUGUUCUUGUUCUUCACUUUCUUCCAUUGAGCUAGAGAACCUAGAAAUUGCAGCAUGAAGAACACCAAAAGCGUACCUGGCCAGCCUUGGUUUUAAUAGGACAAAUACCGUGCAGUAGUUCAACUCACCAAGAUUUUGACAUGGAUUUAUUUUUCCACUGGAAGCAAAUUCUGCAGUAACCGACAGGCUGUGUCCCUCAUCUAGAAGAACUGUUGGUUUGGAGUUGCUUGCUUUGUUUUUCAUUUUAUCUUGCCAUGGGCUGAAACUAAGACAUAAAUAUAAUUGUCG